AUGCCAAUAAAAUCGCCUUUUGAAUCGUCCAUUGCUAAGCCUGGACAAGGCACCGUCGUCCUCUCUCUGCUUCCUCCCUCGAAUCCUACCUUGACGACCUUGACGUAUAAAUACCCUCUCAAACUACUUACACGUGCCCCGGGGUACGUACCGCAAUCCUCCGCCUUGUCUUGUCCGACCUCUCGACCUGUUCAUCUAUACCUCCUCACCUAUGGCGGAGGUCUCCUCCCAGGAGACCACAUCGAUGUCUCGAUCAAACUAGAUCCGCAGACAAGGCUCGUCGUAACGACACCCCAGGGGAGCACCAAAAUAUUCAAGACAGAGCCCAACGCAAGCAUCAAGGGACAGAGAGGAACUCCAGCGCAUCAGCUAUCGGAUAAGAGCCGUCAGUCGAUAAACGUCCAAAUUGGCCGCGAAGCCGCCCUCUGCUACCUACCAGAUCCUGCCGUUCCAUACAGGGACAGCCGAUACGAACAAGUACAGACAUUCUCAGUCGACAGCACAGCGACGGAGUCCAAGCGGAGCAGCCUAUGCGUUCUGGACUGGGUGACGCAGGGUCGUAGGUCACGAGGAGAAAAUUGGGACUUCCAUCUUUGGCGAGGAAAAAACGAGUUCUGGACGGUAGAUGCAACGGGGAAAAAGAAAUUACUUCUCCGCGACUCACUUAUCCUGGACGACGAAGUCAACGAGCUAUUUCUUGAGGACGACAAAGAGACCUUCAAUCGCAGUCAAUUGAUCCGGGAACGAACCCGGCCCCACGGGAUCGUGGGCACGCUGAUCUUGUACGGACCCGUCUUCGAGCACCUGGCUUCAUUCUUCAUGGACCGAUUUACAUCAUUGCCGCGGAUCGGGGCCCGUAAUUGGUCCUCGUCCUGUCCUGCCGCUAUGGAGUCUCCCCCAAAUUACGACACCCAGGUCACUUUUACAGCGGCGCGUGUGCGUGCGGGCUUCGUUCUUGUCAAGUUCGGGGCAAAUGACUUUGAAACGGCCAAGGAUUGGCUAGGGAACAUCUUACGCGAAGAGGGGACGGUUUUCAAUGAGUUUGGAGAGGAGGCUUUGUUCUGUCUGUGA